AUAUCCCGGCGGACGGUGCAGACAACACAACGCUUCGCCACGAUCACAAAAUCAACGAAAUAUCAAAAAAAAAAAAAGUUCAAGAAAAAGAAAAGCUAAAACACACAAACCUUUUCAAAACUUAACGCCUUUUCAAAAAGCCACGCGAAAAAGUUGCGACUUCAAGUCAAAACAAUAACAUUUUUUUUUAUUGUGACAAAAACAAAGAGUACAAAAUAAAAGUCAUUACCAGUACAAAACAUACCUCAAUCAGUAGUUAAAAACACGUGCUAGAAGUGUCCACACAAAAGUUUCCAAAAUAAAAAAAUUAACGAAAAAGAAAAAGAAACGAAACGAAAAAAAAGAAAAGAUCAAAAAUAUAUAUAUAUUAACGCAGUGAAUUUAAAAGCCGCGAAGGAAAUACAGCUGAUAAACCAUAUCAACGGUCCGGUGACUAAGCUCAACCUCUCAACCUCGACCUCGACCUCAGCCUCAGUCCUUUUACCUACUACCUACUACCCACAACCCACUACUACCUAGUACCAACUACCUACUACCUCUCACUAUCCCCAGUAGUUCGACAUCCUGGCCCCCAAAAACCACGGACAUUACGACGCACACAUCCUGCGACAGACACACGGCGCCCCAACAUUCCCCACAUUUUCAAUAAAAUGUAAACCAAACGAUUCUCCGGAUUCUUUCAAUUCUUGUUCCGAUUUGUAUUCUCCAUUCAUUCCUUAAACAAACAAAAAAAAAACCGAAAGAAACGUUAGCCAACGUAAUACUGAAUCCGCAAUCAAUGCACUUUCCAUAACUUUCUUAACUUAUUAUAUUAUUUAUCUAAAAAAAUAAAACCAUUUUGUGAUAUCUUUUUUUGUGUUUAGUCAUAGGUUGAUACAAACAAAAAAAAAAAAAUAGAAAAGAAAAAAAACCAAAACAAAAAGUAUGCAAAACCCAUAGACAAGUAAAUCUUAAAAAAAAAAACAAAAAGCAAAUAAAACCAAUAUUUAUUAGAGCACAGCUUAUAAUUUGUGUUGAAUGUUUAGUUUGCGUUGAUUUUAAGCAAAUAUAGUUUCAAAGCCUAGACACUCAGGAUUUAGUUCAAAUAUUAGUUUAGUCGAUGAGUUGUAUUUGCGCAUACUCGCUUGAGAGAAGUCCCCCGCACACGAACAGGCACACGCAUGCACGCCCACCGUUUGGGGCUGCUCUACACCGACACAUAAAGACCCACACACACGACAACACGACGGACGACGACGACGACGACGACGACGAACAACACAGGCCAAACCAAUGCUAAAAUGUCGCUGCCCAACGAACAGACAAACUUGCCGCACAAUCCAACAACCAGCCAACCAGCAUCAGCAUCUGCAUCUGCAUCAGCAUUCGCCGACACACAGACACCAGCCACAGCAACAGCAACAGCAACAGGAUCCACAACACCAUCCACACCAACACCCUCCACAAGAGCCACACCACAACAACAACAAUCAAAUGAGCUGAAACACCGCCUGACGCCACUGAAUGUGCGUCGUUUAUCGGGCUACGUUAAUCCGCAAGCGAUCAGCGAUAAUGCUGGCGAUGAUCCCCCGCCCACCACCAUUAACAUUGGCCUCUUCAACAACAACAACAACAACAAUAACAACAACAACAACAACAAUAACAACAACAACAAUAAUACAAAUAAUAAUUAUUAUAAUAACAACAAUAACAACAACAACACAGCAUCAACAACGCCACCAUCCGCAUAUGCCACACCACCAAUAUACCAACAACAGUUGUCCACACUGACAGCAACAACACCGCUAGAUGUGGCACCGGAUGAUAAAUACAGAUUGUUUACCAUUUUCAAUGGAAACGAUCCCGACAAUGAGAAAUUGUCGGGCCUGCCACAUUCGACAACCGGUUCACUAAGCUCAAUCAUCACGACGUCCAUAGCCUCCUCCGAACCGGAUCCUGGAGCGGUGAGCGGCGGCGGUGGAGCGGGAGGAGCAGGAGGAGCGGGAGGAGCUGGAGGAGCUGGAGGAGCAGGUGGCGGUGGCGGCGGCGGUGGCAAUGGCGGCAUCGGUUCCGGUGCCCUGGUGGCAGCGGACGCCUCCAGCAUUGCCGGCAUCAAUGGCAGCUCCGAGGAGAAGUUGGCGCUCAAUCGACCCGGCAUCAAGCAGGAGAAGUGGACGACAAUCUUGCUGCAGGUGUCCAUUCCGUUCUUUCUCGCCGGGAUUGGCACCAUCGGAGCUGGCAUUGUCCUGGGACGCGUUGAGAAAUGGUAUGUCUUCAAGAAUGUAAGCGAGCUGUUCAUCCUGGUGCCGGCGCUGUUGGGCCUCAAGGGCAACCUGGACAUGUGCCUGGCAUCGCGGCUCUCCACGCAAGUGAACCUCGGCAACAUGACCAGCAGACAGGGCGUGAUACGGAUGAUAGUGGGUAACAUAGCACUGGUGCAGGUCCAGGCGACGGUGGCCUCCUUUCUGGUGGCCAUGUUUGCGGUGAGCGUGGGUGCGGCCAUGACCGGCGACUUCUAUUUCGAGAACAUGAUGCUGCUGACUGCCUCGGCCAUGUUCACGGCCACCUCGUCGUGCUUUGUGCUGGACUUCGUUUUGGUCGCGGUUAUCCUGUUCUCGCAGAAGUACCGCCUCAAUCCGGACAACCUGGCCACGCCAUUGGCCGCCUCCAUUGGUGAUGUGGUAUCCAUCAGUUUGCUCUCCUUUAUCGCCUCGCUGCUGUACGAUCAUAUCAAAACGCACCUGUGGAUCACAUUCAUCGUGGUCACCUGCUACCUGGUGCUGUUGCCCAUGUGGGUGAUGAUCGUGCUGAGGAACGAGUACACGCGACCGGUGCUAAAGAGCGGAUGGGUUCCCGUCCUCUCGGCCCUCUGCAUAAGUGGUCUGGGUGGCCUUGUGUUGGAUGCAGCCGUCGAGGUGUUUAAUGGAUUCGUAGUGUUUCAACCGAUCAUCAAUGGAAUCGGCGGCAAUCUGGUAUCGGUGCAGGCCAGCAAGAUAUCCACAAUGCUGCACCAGAGCUCAAUUAUCGGGAUUAUACCACCGCACACGCAGAUCUUCGAGUGGCCUUGGCGGGCGCUCUUCAAAGGAGUUCCCUAUGCGAAGACAGCGAGGAUACUUAUUGCCAUGUCCAUACCCGGCAAUGUUCUGUUCAUCUUUGCUGCUGACUAUAUAAACUAUAGCACCUCGACGGUCACCUGGGUGUUUGUGCUUUCCUAUCUGACCGCCAGUUUGGUUCAGGUGAUGCUGCUGCUGUAUAUUGCGCACAUCAUUGUGCACGCGAUGUGGAAGUGGAAGAUCGAUCCGGAUAACUCGGCCAUACCCUACCUGACGGCCUUGGGCGAUCUGCUCGGCAGCAGUCUGCUGGCGGUGGCGUGGCUCUUCACCAUGUCGGUGGGCAUGCAGUACGGAUCCGGAAUGGAGACACUCAACGCACCUAACUAAUGUAGCUAAUGAAAUAGGGAGUACGGAGUAACGUAGAACGAUAAACAAGACAGCCACACACCACACCAUACAAUUUAAAAAAGAACUGUUAUGUACCUAAAAACAAAUAUACAGAAAACAUAGAAAUUGUA